GGUUUGCCACACACAGUAGUCGAGCGUCAAAAGUGGCUGAAAUUUUCGCUUUCUACGGCAGCUGAAUUCACUUUAGUUAACCGGAUCUAAAAUUAGAAAAGCUAUUUAUAGGUGGUUGUUUGCGGCCAAUAGCGUAGAAGGCAGAUUAUUAUUCGCUCGUACCGAGAGUGAGUCGCUUAGCCAAAGACACACGAUGAACGCGCAAGAUGGCUGCCUCAACUAAAUCUAAACGUUCGGGCAAUAACUGGGUGAAACUCAACGUCGGAGGAACGUGUUUUCUAACAACCAAGCAAACCCUUUGUAGACAUCCAAACUCUUUUCUGUCUCGAUUAUGUGCAGAAGAUCCUGAUUUACCUUCAGAUAAGGAUGAAAAUGAUGCCUACAUGAUCGACCGAGAUCCUCGAUAUUUUUCUCCUAUCUUGAAUUAUCUUCGUCAUGGCAAACUCAUAAUAGAUAGAGAUUUACACGACGAAGGAGUUCUCGAAGAAGCAGAAUUUUAUAGUAUAGAACCACUUGUUAAGAUAAUUAAAGACAAAAUACAAGCUAGAGAAGACAGACAAAAGUUGCCAUUGCUAGCUAAAAAACAUGUUUAUCGAGUCUUGCAAUGUCAUGAAGAUGAACUUACUCAGAUGGUAUCUACAAUGUCUGAUGGUUGGAGAUUUGAACAGUUGGUAAGUGUUGGAAGUAACUACAAUUAUGGCAGUGAAGAUCAAGCAGAGUUUUUGUGUGUCGUAUCAAAAGAUGUUACAGAUACAGCAGAAGCUAGUGCAUCGGCAAAGCCCAAACCAUCCGACAAAGUAAGUACACCACGGCCUUUUAGAAUGUGAAUGAAAUCUAUUUGAUAUGUGAUCAAACAUGACAAGAAACAAAACAGGAUCAAACAAAUAAUAUUAGUGGAAAAGAAAAAAAUAAGAAAAAAGCCAAGACAACACAGAUUAUGAUCAGUGGAAUCAGCCAGGCUGUAGUGAUUUGCUUAAAACUCUUGUCCAUACAAAGACUCUUUAACUAGUCACAAUUGUCAAAGAGAUUUGAACAUUUGUUUUGAAUUUAUUUCAAUGACAAUGGAAUACCAGUUAACUGUUUUCUUAUUUAUUGGAUGGAAGAAAUGAUUGGCACCUUGGAUUAAGAUUGAAUUUAUGACCGAUUUGUCUGAUGAUUGGUUCUGCUUGCCGAUUACUACAACAGGAAACUGUAGGUCAUUUUAGGAUUUUUAUGCUCUUAAUUUAUUUAGCAGUAUUAUUUUAAUUCUCUUUUAUUCCUUUUGUCUGUUAUCACUUGUGCACAAAGAAGACCUUAAAAUGUUUUGUUAAUGUUGGACUGUAUUAAUGUACUAUAUGCACUAAAGAACUAACUCGGCAUAACCUAACCUGUCCUGUAUAUUACAUACCCAGGAGAAUUGAAACCUGGUAGUAAUCCAAUAUUGACCCUUAGUACCCAUUAGAACCCAACACACGCAAUGGCCUAAAACCUAUUGAUUGUCUUGGGUUACUAACACACUAAUGAUUAUUGCACUCAAACUGAGUAUACACUCUAUACCGGAGGCACUAUCAGGGGGAGUACCCAUAAAUGCAUCCACAAUUCUCUAUGUCAGAAUCUCGGAACAUUCUCGUAUCCCUUGUCAGAAUUUACCACUAAURGAGCCUUGCUGUUAAUAAUUCAUUGGAGCAGUCUGUUGUUUGUUGCUAGUUUGUGGAUCUUGUAUGGCUGUUUCAAGGCCAUGACACUUUUCCAAAUUUACCCCUAACAGGGCCUCAUAAGUUAACUAUGGCCUACAGAUAUUUAUAACAGUGUUACUAAACUUUAGCUCAGUCAGAUUUUGGUCUAAGGGCAUUUCCUUUGAUACAGAUAGAACAAUAACUAUGUUUUAAUCCAUUGCGUACAGUCAUUAUUGUUGAGAUGUUUCUGGAAUUUCCUCUUGUAAGUUUUGUCAUAUCAAUGAACAAGCACCUGUUAAUGAAUUAAUUUAGGUCUUUAGAUGAAUGUUAUUAGGUAGAUAUAAGAAUAUAGAUAAAAUGAGAUGAAAAAAUUAAUAUCCAAAGCUUACUGCUUUACAAUGUCUUAUAUAAUUAUUAUUAUUAUUAUUACGCUUAUUGAUUCAAUUACGUCUUUAAAAAAGUGUAAAUAUCUUCACACUUUUGGUUGCCAUAGAAACUCAGCUUCUUUGAACCAAAACUUUUCUCGUGUAAAGAAAAAUAAUGAUAUAUUAUUGAAUAUCAAAAAUUAUCAAUGUUUAUAUUUCUUCAAGUAUUAUGCUAGGAUGUUAAGCUAGAGAUAUUCAGAAUCUUUUUAUUAGAUAUUUAGAAUGUUCGUGUCCCUUAACAGGUAUCAUGCAAUUGGGACUCCUGUGGUAAAUAAGCGUGAGGAAAUGAGGAGAGAAGGGUAAGAGAAUCUCUUGUCCAUGUUUCCUCUCUGUUGUAUUGUACCACAGGAAGCUCAUUCACCACUAUCGCAGUUGCCUGUAGUUUAGAUUAGAAAUUAGAUUAAAACUACUUCAGUUUGGGAUAUAAUGAUAUAGAAAAAUAUAUGUGGUGUACCCUUAUGGUGCAUCAACUCGAUAUUCUUUUUUAAACUCUAGAAUUAUUUUAAUAAUGAUGUCCAACUGUUUUAGCUGUGUUGUCUCAUUUUCCAUCUUCCUACUGUCCUAAUGCUGAAGCUCAAACAUUGCUAUUGUAUUAUUGUUUUCUUAAUUUGAUAAAUUUGCAGAUCUUUGCUGUCAACUUUCGCUCUCACUUUCUAACCAUAGCUGUUGCUUACCAACUAAUAAAAGAUAUCAUUCAGUCUAAA